GUCUGGCCAGCUCUAUCCUGCACAAGUGAGAACGUGAGCGGCGAAAGGAUGCGCCAAGACCCCCACGCUCCCCUCUCUGUGUGCCUCGCACGAGGGUCCGGACACACUCACACAAUACCCCGACGUACAUCUGCCCCAAGUCAUCCACGCUACUCCCGUAUUUCUAUGCGUCGUGAUGUGGGAUAUUUUUCUUUCUCUUCUUCUUUAUUGGAAACUCUGAAUUCGAUUAGACGCGUGUUCAAAUAGGAUAGUGAUCGAUUGUUUUUCGGUAGGGCCUCGUGAAUAGGGCUAAUGCCAACUAGUUUGAUGAGAAGAGAGUGUUGGUGGUUGUGCUUUGUUUUCCUGUUGGCUCAUCAUAUCAGUGCGAUUAUUAAUCUGAACAAAUAUUUCGGUGUGCCAGGAACUUAGUUAGUGGAUUUGGCAUCUGACUUUGUUGUUGUUUUGGGAACAGAGUUAUUGUUGUAUAUUAUUCAGUUUACAAACAGUCCCAAGCGUUACGUAAACCCUAGAAAUCUACGUGUGAACUUUACAACCCAUUUGUCCUGUCUGUGGAUAGCGACAAGAAGAAACGCAAAUGUGAAACUGUUCCGUUCUCUCAUUCCAACUCGUGCUGUCUACUUUACUGUAUUUCAAGUCACAAUGACGUCAUCGAUCACGGGGCUAGAAGGCUUUCGGCUUCCGAGGGACUGCAGAUAAUUUAGGAGAGUUUUACAGAGAGCUUUCUAACGUUUUCCGCCAGCAAACUCCGGACUCUCGUGUUUCGGUCGUCAUAAAUUCCCUCACUAGUAGUAUACAGAGACAGUGCUUGUGUGAGUGUUAACGUAACGUUCAAAACGUGCAUGUCUGGCUGCGGAACAACGAAUGUGUCACGCCGUUCUGGACAAGGUUUAAUUUCCGGGAUUUUUGUUUGCUUUAAUUACCUCCCGCAUGGCGCCUGAUGUCACCAAUCAGAUUCCCGAACGUGGUACAAGCUUUAAAUGUCCUGAUAGAUUUAUGGCCAGUUCUAAGGACAGAAUCUCGUGCACUGGACAGUGACAGUCAAUGGAAGCUCAUAGGAUGUGAACGGGUGGAUACCUGCAAGGUCAGACGUUUUCCCUGAGUGGAGUAUUUUAAGCCAGCAGUAUCGAUACCUCAGUAAUCACGGCGCCCUCACCGGGGCAUAGCAUGUUCCAGCUGUCCGACCCAUGGAUCUGCAUCAUCAAAGUGAAAAAAGCUCAAUUACUUGGAAAUGAAGAGCGGUUCAACACAUACGUGACAUUGAAGCUGCAGAAUGUGAAAUCCACCACCAUCCAAGUAAAGGGUUCCAACCCCAGCUGGGAACAAGACUUUCUUUUCGAAACCAUGCGGCUGGACACAGGACUGGUGAUUGAGGUCUGGAACAAGGGCAUGCUAUGGGACAAGCUGUUGGGUCUACACUGGUUGCCACUGACCAAGGUGCAACACUCCAACAAGGUAACCUUUGAGGGCAAGGGAAAAUGGCUUCAGCUAGACAGCGAGCUGGUGAUGGACAACGGCGAAGUGGUGGGCACACGCCUGCCUACGGAGCACCGCAUCCUCAU